AAGUACAUAAUAGCACAUGCGUAAGAAUAUUUCCGGGUAAUUGCCGCAAUGUUCAGUGAUAUUGAGUGAAGUAUUCAUCUAUUGUUCCUGAUUUCCUGCAUUUCAUCUCGAACAAGUGAUUUUUUAAAUUAUCGACGGGUGAACACUGGGGGAAUGAUGGGGUAUUUGCCCACUAAAACUAUUAUACUCUUCGGCGCCUUCCAGUUCAUGCUGUUGUGGUUCGAUUUUCGAAUUAAACAAUUUCGAACGUAUGAUGAGGCCAUCGGAACUGAAUUCUACGCUCUUGAUUUUAUUGGAAUGGCGAACAUCCAAGGAUACGAGGCAGAGUGGCACAACGUCACCACAGAUGAUGGAUACCUCCUGACGUUGUUCAGAAUUUUACCAAAUCCCGUAUUUCGUAAUGCAACUGAAAAAAAACGAGUAGUUUACAUGGCCCACGGGUUGGGCGCUACAGCGGACAUUUUCGUGAUAUUCGGACGCGGCAGGAGCAUAGCCUAUUCGUUCGCGGACGCUGGCUACGACGUUUGGAUCGGCAAUUUUCGAGGAAAUUCUUACAGUCGUAAACACGAGACUCUGUCGCCUGACGAUGAGGAAUUCUGGAAUUUUAG